CAUCUGAACAGACUGCCACUUUGAGAAUGGAGAUGACCAUGUGUUUUCCUCUGUUGCUGCUGAUCUGCUCUCUCUCUACGGCUCAGCUUCAGUCUGACAAUAAAAUUGUUCCACAUCAUGCUGAAUCCCAGGGAGGAGAACCAACAAAUGUGUCUGAGCACCAACAGACCUGUCCUCAAGACAUCCAUGCUGUGCUGAGAGAGAUGAGCGCCUCUUUGGCUGAACAGAGGGUGGAGACGAGGCACCUUCAGAGAGAGAAUGAAGCACAGGCAGCUCAGCUGAGAGAACUGGAGUUACAGAAGACUGAGAUGGACAUGUUGAAGCUACAGCAACAAGCACAAACCGCUAAGCUAGAGAAGCAGAAGACUGAACUGGAGAAGCAGAAGACUGAACUGGAGAAGCAGAAGACUGAACUGGAGAAGCAGAAGACUGAGGGGGACAAUUUAAAGCAACAACUUCAAGUACAAGCAGCAGAGCUGAUCACUGUGAAAGCCAGGUCAAAUGUCACAGAAAACCAGGUGGAGGCUCUGAAGAGAGACGGAGAAGUCAAACAGGUGGCUUUCUCAGCCUCUCUGUGGGCUUCAGGCACAGAAACAAUCGGACCAUUUAACACUGAAUCUAAUCUGGUCUUCAGAUACGUCAUCUCAAACAUUGGGAAUGCCUACAACCCAAACACAGGUUUUUUCAUUGCACCGGUGAGAGGAGCCUACCACUUUGAGUUCUACGUAUACGGUCACGGUGAUCCGUCACAUAAUUCAGGUGCUGUGUUGUUCAAGAAUGGAGAGAGAGUUUGUAUUGCAUCUGAACAUCAGACUUCAGGUGCGUUAACAUCUUCUAAUGGUGCCACGCUGCUUCUAGAGGUCGGAGAUGUUGUGUUUUUGCGUUUGUGGGCAAACUCCAAGAUAUUUGACAAUGGAAAUCAUCAUAGCACCUUUAGUGGUCAUCUACUUUUCACCAUGUGAAAAAAGAAACCGUUUUUGUUGUGUGUCAGUACUUGUUGAAAAAGGUGUAAUUUGUUUUUCCUUAAUAUGAACACUGUACAAUACACUUUUUAAUCAAAAAUAUGUGUGCAUUUUUUGUUCAGUUUUGUUGAGGGAUUUGCAUGAAAUACACAGUGAUAAACAGAAACAGAAAACUCGUACCAGAUUUUGAACAUAAAAUAAAGGAAGUGCAAUAAUU